UAAAGUUGGGAAAGGGAAGAAAGGAACUCACCAAUGUCGUCGCCGUCCCGCCUCGUGCCCCAGCUCCUGGUCGCGCUCCUCCAGCGCCGCCGCUUCGACGCCACGCUCCGCCCGUCCCCGGCCUUCCGCGGCUUCUCCCCGCCCACCAUCGCCGCCGCCCUCGCCGCCAUCCCGCGCCUCCUCCUCCCGCGCUCCUCGCGCUGCCUCUGCCCGCAGCGCCCCUUCCCCUCCCCGUCCUCCGCCCCCACCCGCCGCCUCGCCGCCGCCCUCACCCUCGCCUUCCUCUCCUGGUCCCACUCCGACGCCAACCCGCGCCGCCCCGCGCAUCUCACCGAGCCCCCGCUCCGCGCCGCCGCGCUCUCCCUCGCCCGCGCCCGCGCGCUCCCGGCGCUCUUCCGCCUCCUCCGCGACCACGCGCCGCUCGUCUCCACCGCCGCGCUCACCGACGUCAUACGCGCGCUCGGCGAGGAGGGCCUCCCGCGCCACGCCCUCGCCGCCUUCCACCGCGGGCGCCAGUUCCACUGCUCCCCCGACGCGCAGUGCUACAACACUCUGCUCGCCGCGCUGUGCCGGAACGGCCGCUUCAAGGACGCCAGGUUCCUGCUCGACCAGAUGGAGCGCCCCGGCGCGCGGUGCGGCCCUGAUUCCUACACCUACACGGUGCUCAUCUCCUCGUACUGCCGGAUCGGAGUGGAGACGGGAUGCCGGAAAGCGGCGAGGAGGAGGAUCUACGAGGCGGGGAGGCUGUUCCGGAGGAUGGGGGAGAAAGGGCUUGAGCCGGAUGUCGUGACCUACAACUGUUUGAUCAAUGGCCUAUGCAAGACAUACCGUGUCGAGCGCGCGCACGAGGUGUUUGAUGAAAUGCUAAGGAAGGGGUGCUCACCAAACAGGGUGACUUACAAUUCCUUUGUGAGGUAUUAUAGCGUGGUGAAUGAGGUGGACAAGGCUGUUAAGUGGAUGAGGGAGAUGGUGGCGAGGGGGCAUGGGGGAGCGACAUCGAGCACAUAUACGCCUAUUAUCCACUCUUUGUGUGAGAUUGGACGGAUUAGUGAGGCAAGGCAGUUCAUUAUCGAAAUGGCUGAAAGUGGGCAUCUUCCAAGGGAGCACACAUACAAGCUUGUGAAAGAUGAAAUUGAGAAGGCGCAUGAGGAGGCUUUGCCGGUAGAGCUGUGUCAGUCUAUUGAUGCUGGCAUCAAGGAGAGAUUUCAACAGGUAUUGCGAAUGAAGCCCAUAAUGCGAUCAGUCACAAGAUAAUCUAGCUGCAAUAUUGAGCCAAUGCAGACUUGUUGUCCACUCGGAUGUGAGAUGCUUGUAUACCAAGCAAAGAAUUCUUUAUUAAGAUGUCUACGGAGUACAUGCUGAUACAUGUUUGAACUGAGGAAGACUGUCCAUGGGAGUGCCCUGGCAACUUGCUUUGCUGAAAGAUCAUUGCCGAAGACUUGUUGCUGGUACCGUGGAAAGGCAUGAGGUUGAAGCCCAACAUGCCACCAAUAUAGUAGAUCAUCCGAGGCAGAAUGUUGCGCGGAAGGUAAGCAAUAUCUGGGGUUCUUGCUCAUGAUUGACGUUGGAAUGAUUAUUAUGCAACGAGCUUGCCUAUUGUUAUCUGCUAGAUCCUUCCUUUUAUUUCUGUACCAUGCAUUGUGGGAUCAUGUAGUUUUCAGCGUGACACUGCUAUGCCAAUAUGCCAUAAUAAAUCAGAUUUGGUCUUUCUUUGCCAUUAUCAUUUGAUGCAGUUUACAGCUUCACAAAAUUUAAAUUGCUGUUUCCUGUUAUCUAACCAGAAACCAUCUGUAUAUCAUCAUUGUUAUUCUUUUUCUA